GCAGCGGGUAUGCGCUGCCCCUGUCCUGGCGUUGAGUCUUUUGGGUGUGUGAUCUCUGGAAUCGUUACUCUGGUCUUCUUUCCCGGGCGCCUUUUAUCGUUGGAUUCUUGGAUUGCACGUUACCCUUCUGAAGAAACUGCCUAAUGAGCCGGCUUUGAGAGUUCCCUUUGCUGUUCUACUUCUAGCUUCUCGUGGAUGUAUAUUUGAUAUACCCUUUUGUAUUGGAGGGCUUUGUAGAAAGGCGUCUCUUUUGUUAUUUUAGGGGUCUCACUCCUUUGGUUUCACGGGAAAUCACCAACAUAUGUAGGUUUAGUGCUCUUUAUAUUCCAUUUUUUGGUAGUUAGAAGAAAGAAGAGGGACAAUAGGCAGUAUUCUUGUAUGUUGGCGUUUGGCUUUGAUGUUGUCCUCGCAUAGUUAGUCGAUUUUGGUCCUCAUUUUAUGCUUGGUGUUCUUGUUACCAAACUCAGAGAAGAUUCCCAGAGGCAUAAAGAUUCCUUGGAUAUCGAGGAUCCAGUCUUUUGUUAUUUUCCAUAGAGUCUACAGAUUUGUUGUUUUGCAUGUCCUGCUCAGUUCUCAGUCAGAUUUCUAUAGCCUUCAUCUCACUCCUCAGAAGAAUAUGGCCUUCAUCUCAAGGCUCUGAUACAGCAGCUUGAGCAACUUUUAUCUUUCUAUUGCCUUUGCUGUCUGUUGCGUAAACUUUUUUUGAUAAAACUCUGUUGCAGAAACUUGACAUUCCCAUUCUAAAAAGAAGCAGCUCGUCUUUCACAGUUUUCUUACCUUCUCUCUCUUUUGGCAAUAUAUAACGUUGGUUAGGAAGAAUACUUUUUCUUUCCCCUCCUCUAGAUGUGAUCUUCUUAUCCUCGCUGAUGGGUUAUCUUUCCGACCAUCAUUACAUUCUUGGCCUUUUUUCCAUAAUAUUGGGCUGUUUUGUGUUAAGAACCUGCUCUAUGAAUGCUGCACCUGCUAGUUUUGUUUUUGGUGAUUCGUUAGUUGAUGUUGGAAACAAUAACUAUAUUGUUACUUUAUCGAAGGCUAAUUACAUGCCAAAUGGUAUGGACUUUCCAACUCGUCAGCCAACUGGGCGCUUCACCAAUGGACGAACAAUUGCAGACAUACUAGGUCAAGAAUUGGGAUUGGAGAAUUUCACUCCUCCUUAUAUGGCUCCAACUACUGUUGGACCCGCGGUACUGCAAGGCGUCAAUUAUGCAUCUGGAGCAGGAGGAAUCCUUAGUCAUACAGGAAAUGCUUUUGGUGGACGUAUUCAUUUAGAUGCACAGAUAGAUAACUUUGCACAUACCAGGGAAUACGUAAUCUCAAGCCUUGGAAUGCCUGCAGCUUUGAGUCUGUUAAGGAGCGCUCUCUUCUCAGUCGUGAUUGGUUCUAAUGAUUUGAUCAACAAUUACUUGACUCCUGUUGUAUCAGUGCCUGAAAGAGCAGUAGUAUCUCCAGAAGAAUUUGUAGAGGCCAUGAUCUCAAAAUACAGGAUGCAAUUAAUGAGACUAUAUCUCUUGGGUGCUAGGAAAAUCAUUGUGGCAAAUGUUGGACCCAUAGGCUGUAUUCCAUAUGAAAGGGACACGAAUCCAUCAGCUGGCAGCAACUGUGUGGAGUUUCCAAAUCAAAUGGCUCAAUCCUACAACAAGAGGCUGAAAGAUCUAGUAUUGGAGCUGAGAUCAAACCUUGAAGGAGCACUUAUAGUGUAUGCCGAUGUCUACCGAAUUGUGGCAGAUAUCAUCCAAAAUCAUAAGAAUUAUGGCUUUGAGGUGGCUGAUUUUGCAUGCUGCUUCCUCACAGGGCGAUUUGGAGGCUUGGUUCCAUGCGGUCCAACUUCUAAAGUUUGUCCUGAUCGAUCAAAGUAUGUCUUUUGGGAUCCUUACCAUCCUACUGACGCUGCAAAUAUUGCCAUAGCACGACGAUUGCUUGAUGGUGAUCUGAAUGACAUAUUUCCUAUGAAUGUGCGGCAACUAGUCGGUGCUUGAGUGUUCUGGUCCGCAGAGGAAGGCUCUGGAGUGACGCUUGAAUUACACAUUUAGCAAGUUUAUGCCUCUACUUACGUAUUUUUUCUUCAUAAUUCUACCUAUAUAGGUGACUCGCUCUGUCACUUAUUAUGGUUCUACGUGGAACUGUGUUGCAUCACUACCUUUCAAAUGAUAAUCUAGUAAGACUUUUCCAAAAGGAACAUUUCUAGAAUUU